GCAGCAUGGUCCGGAGCCCGCUCAAAAUACAAUCAAUUGAAUCAUGGGGGGGAAAUUCUUACCCCCGAGGGUAUCAAUAGAUACAAUGGAUACAAUAGGAAGUCCUUUCUGGUGGAAUACCUUCAAUCCCACAAAGUGCAUUUGUCAAUUUCUCAAUCUUCUUGGAUUCUUGGAGAUCUUCUGCUGCAAUCGUUCAAACGUACAAUUCGAAUAUCUAACUCAAACGUAUAAUUCCAACAUACCAAUUUCUAAGCUUCGCGGCUCUCGAUACCCAAGUACCCCAUUUUAACAAUGAUUUUCACAAAGCCUGCAGAACGGUGCCUCAAUAAUAUGAGCGAAUCAUCCGUAAAGAAAGCGUUGUGCAUUGUGGCAUCCCACAUUUACUCUCAGGAGGGAGGAAUACAGUGGUUGAAUGAUCAACUUGGUCAAUUUGGUUGUACUGCAGAUGGCUUGAUUAACGAAGUCUUGACUGAUCCGGAACUCACACAACAUCCAAUUGGACAAGAUAUCCAUCACAGGUAUCAUCUUCACAAUAAUCCAAAUGAUGAACACGCUGCUGCAUACCAAGCAUCAGCUACUUCAACUGGCAGCAAGGACAAGGGUGCUCAUCCACCCCAAAAAUCUUUCGCUUAUGCACCAAUCCAUCCUCAAGUACUUGUAGAGCAAGCGAAAAUUUUACCCAGUGAAGACUACGUUGGAAUCCCAAACUCAGACGAACAACCUGUCGAAGAACAAGCCCCUGAGGUAUUUAGCCAAUUGGGAACUUCUGAGAACUCUUCUACUGCUCAUCCCUCGAGCGCAAAACAGAUCUUGGCGACGUCAUCAAACGCUACUCCUUUUCCAUCACCAGCUCAUACUCCUUGUUCAUCCCCAGCUCCCUUGAACAAGCGAGGACACUCUAGCCAUGACGAUUCGGAUAAUGGAGAAGAUACCAAGCCUACUCGACCACCAGCCAAGAAGCUGAAGAAAUCCAACACCAAACCACCAACCUCAACUUCUUCCACUCCUACAACCACUACCUCCAAUUCCUCCUCCCACAAACCCACAACCACAUCUUCUACCCGCCGACCAUCCUGGACGCCCGAGGAGACCGAGCAAGUCUACAAAUGUCUCGUGGCACGACGAGAAAAAGAAGCUUCAAUUCCCGGUCUCGUUAAACUCUACGAUGCACCACUUUGGUUGCAUAUAUCUGAAGCGCUUGCUGGUGUAUAUGGUAUUCAUCGUACACCUAGUGGGUGUAAAGCUAAUUGGAAUCGAUCUGGUCGGGAUAAAUAUGGAUUUGAUGAACGAUCGGCUUUGAAGAGAUCGGAGGCUUUGGCUACUAGUUUGCAGGUUUCUAAGAAGAAUGUGAAGAAUGUGAAGAAGAAGAAGAAGAAGAAGAAGAAGAAGAAGAGGGUUGUUGUUGAGGAGGAGGAUGAUUAUGAUGAUGAUGAAUAGAUGGCCGUGGAUUUAUUGGAUUUCUCUUGUUUUUUCUUUGGUUGCUUUGUUUCUCUGGAGUUAUCUGGUCAUAUAACAGUUACUUGGUUUCUUUGCUUCUUUUCUCCCCUUUCACAGUGGUGUUGGCUCAUCAUAUGGUGUUUCUUGUUUUUCUUUGGCUCAUCUCAUAAAGUGGCUCUUUGGUCUUAAUGACAUGAUGAUUACAUGUCUCUCAACAUAGUAGUUGCUGUUCCAGUACUUAUAGUCUUUACUUAACAUUACA